CAGAUUGCGUCAUAUUCUGGAUGACGGGUUUUCACAAAUGACUUCAGAAGGCAUUCCACGCCACCACCACCCCACCCCAACAAAAAAAACCUGAACCCUAACCAUUAGCUGGAUAAAAAAGAGAAACGAAAGUAAGGAAAUGCAAUACUUGUUUGAGGCUGGGACUGUAUAAAAUCGAGCAAGUUUUUCCUCUUUUUUGCCAGUAAUCUCUGUGCAAUACUCACUUCUCGGUUUGUGUGAGAAGCACCGUGGAUUCUCGCUGAGUUGCAAGUUUCACUGUUGAAUUCCCGAGAUCAUCUUGGUUUUGUGCUGUCACCAACUUCUUAAAACAAAAUGGACAGAUUUUUAAAACCUGCAGGGAAACAGUUGGAAAACUUGACGAAACAAAGCAUGGAAAGGCUAAUUCAAGAUUUGCAGCAUGCUGUACCAUUGAAGAAAUAUGCAUCAGAAAACAGCAAACUCAAAGUUGAUGGUGAUGACUUUCAAUCAAAACCUCUAGGAAGGAAACUGGAAAUAAUUGGAAGAAAGCAACUGAAAUUCUUGGCAAAACAAUUUGUGGAUGAAUCAGAUGUGACUGAACAGUUCAGUGGUGGGCAUGGAAGUGAUGAUGACAGGUCAGACAAUGCCAUUGACAGUAGCUGCCAGGAUGAACUUACUUCGACAGUUGCAGAUACUCAAAAUGAAAAUGUAACAGAUGAACUCAAGAAAAAGCUCCAGAAUGUAUUUCAGCAAGGAAAAGUCCCAUUUCAUGUCAGAACAUUGACUGUUUGUGGCUAUAGGAGUGCUGGGAAAACAACUCUACUGCGUAAAUUACUGAAUGAAUCCUUUCGGGAGGAUGAGCCCAUAACUGAUGGAAUACGGACUGGACAGAUAGAUAUUAAAAACUGGGAGAAAAAGUUAGAUAAUCCAAGUGAUGAUCUAACGACUGCAAUUGCAUCCUGUGUUUUAAAUUCUGACAAAAAAAACCCUGAAAGAACACAAACAGAGCACAGUGGCACUUGUACAGAAGAAGAACAACAAUGUGUCAUUGAAGAUGCUGUUGUGAAUGAAAGCUUUGCUAAGGAGAUACUGAUGAAAGUGAAAGAAUCCACACAAGCACCUGAAGAGUUCUCAAUAUUUAGAUACUAUGACUUUGGAGGACAUGUGGAGUAUCAGCAGAUGCACAUGCCCUUUUUACCUAACAAUGCCAUCUACCUGUUAGUUGUCAACCUAACUCUGGGAUUAAAUGACACACUACCAAUGAAGGAAAGGCUGCUCAGAGGACAGAAAAUAAUUGAUUCCUGUGGAUUCACUGUGCAAGAAUACCUCGACUACUGGAUCGGGUGUAUUUCCUCUCUCUGCAGAGAUAGUAAGGCUGCCCACCCUGUCAUUCUAGUUGGGACGUUUGCCAAUGCCUGCAAGAAUGCUGAAGAGGCUAUGAAUACCAUUUAUAGUUACCUUCACAAACAUUUCCCAGCUGGUGUACUUUAUGAUCAGAAAUUUAUUGUUGACAACUCUGUUGACCAUGAGCAGGGAGAGGGAUACACUAAGCUACGUUCAACCAUAGACACACUUUCGAGACAAGUAGCAUUUGAAGACAACAUUGUUUUACAUCAUGCAAAAUUGUACUACCAUAUUCUCCACUCUACUGAGAAAUACCUGCUGUGUUCAGAUCUGUAUUUACCAUGGUACAAGAUAAUGGGCUAUCCCCAAGGAAUCGAAGUGAACAAUGCUGAGAAAAUGCAUCAAGUACAGGCAGCACUACAAGUCUUGAACAGCAUGAAAUUUGCUUACUAUUCGGAUCCGAUCUUGGUCUUGGAUCCUCAAUGGCUUAUUGAUCUCAUGGCAGCUAUGAUUCCAAUCAACUGUCUGUCACCACCAACUAUACAAACUGCACCACUCCAAAUUCACCGUGAGUGGAUGAAACUAGUCAACACUGGGAAAUUUUCAGAAGAUCUCCUGCAAUAUAUUUGGCCGAAAGAAACACUUAAGCUUAAGGAUGAGUUAAUUGACAUUAUGAAAUGCCUAAAACUGGUUGUACAGGCCAAUCCAGAAUCCAAGUGUUACCAUCUUUGGUUUAAACGUAAGCAGAGAGAGAUAUUCCUGUGUUUUUAUGAGAACCAAAUAAUGACAUACUUCCGGAAAGAUGUUUUUAAUGAAUUGAUACCCAUGUUUCAAAAGGAGUGGCCGUACAUUGAAUCCCUUGAUGCUAAUUUUGUUCAACUUGAAAAGAAAAAGCAUGCAGAAUACAAAAUAUAUCUGGAACUGAAAAGUGACAGAGUAUUACUGGUGAACAAGAAUGAAUUUGAACAUGAUGACUUUCUGUAUAAAGCCGGCGCUAUCGUGGAACAUAUGCAAAGGUCGUACCCUACACUGUGUCUGUUUGUGGAUGGUAAACCGUACAAAGCAAUUGAACUCUUUCUUCAGGUUAGGCACAGGAUAAAAGAAAACGUGGAAGUGGUGAAUGUCGUGAAGAGCUUCAUGGAGGAUCAACCAGGAAACCAAAAAGACAUCUUUUUUAGAGAGCAGUUAAUCGACAUCAGAUUUGAUACAACACCAGAAGAUAUGGUGGAUAGUAUUGAAGAAAGAAUGCUGAUAAAAUCUUUGGCAGAACUCAAUCGACUCCAUGCUGCUGACACAGAGGAAAUAUGCAGACAGAAGCUCAACCAUGUACCAACGUCUCACUUCUUUUCCAAAGGAAGAGAGUUGGUAACCAACUUGUGUGACUUGCUGAGAAAAUUACACAGUUCCACGGAGAGUAGAAGGUAUAUCCUUGAUAACGUAGGGCAUAUCUUUCAGUGCUGUGUUAUCCAGUGCAUGCUGGACUCAGAAAAUCAACCCAUGGAUUAUAAUGAAAUCGCAAAGCUGGAUGCUUGUGAAAUGUUUGAAAAAACUCAAUAUGGAAUUCCAGAAAGUGCUGUAAGAGAUAUCCAGCAUCUUCCAGAUUUGGCUACAGUGGAUGACACCACCACGCCUGAGGAUUUUACAGAGAAGCUCACAAUAAGCAUGCAUCAUCUGUUUUGGAUUGUGAAACUGAUCUUUGUGAAAUGCAUGGAUUGUAAAAGUUCAAAAGAGCUAAGUUUGGAGGAAUCCAUUAGCACGCUUUACUUUAAAAACUACCAACACUACAUGGACUAUGAAAAGGAACUUGACAUAUUAAGAAGUGAACAACAUAAAUUAGUCGAAGAAAAAGUUUCACAUCAAAAAAGCCAAGACUGCAGAGAAUGGAUACAUAAGAACUUCAGCAAAUUUGUACAGAAAAUGGGAGAAGGUGUUCACAAACCUGUGGUAGAUGAGCUCUUUGAGAAGUGUCUAAAUAAAGAGGAAGUAGAUAACAUUUCAUCAAAAAUAACUUACCAAGAAAGAAACAGGGAAUUGCUGAGAAUACUCCUUAACAAAGGUGAAGUCACCUGCAGAAUGUUCCUUACCAUUUUCUGCAACAAAGAUCCUUCCAAUGAAAUGACUAGAAAGACUCAAGCUGAAUUAAAUCUCACAAUUCCCACAGAAGAAAUGGAUUCUCCUUCAAGAUCGUAGCCCCCUGGAUUUUCUGUUGAUUUGUGUAUCAUAAGUUCAAUUGUUGUGCUACAAACUAAGCAGCAUUUUGAAUAUAUUGCACUCAUUUAUACGUUAAAUCUUUUUAUAAACAAAUGGGAAAGUAAUAAUUUUGCUCCCAACUGAAUUAUUCUGGUGGCCUUAAACAUUGUUUUUAUGAAAUAUAUUUCCAUAAUGAUGUACAAGACUGUGAAAAAAGCAGGAAGAUGCACAGAUUUAACAUUGUAAAUGUGCACCUAUUAAGUGGAGAUUUUGUUCUUCUGCUAAAAUGAUCUCAGGCAAGCAGCCAUAUUGUGAACUCCAGUAAUACCAACACUUUAUGUAUUUCAUGAUAUUCCUGUAUCCUUUCAUGCUUUUUAACUUAAUUUUGUGAUUAUUUUGACAAUUCUUUUCAUGUCUUAAUUUUUAUAUUUACAAUGAAGGCUAAUAAUCAA